AUGUCGUCGCAAGCCUGUCUUCCCACCACGAACACAUCCACUAUCCCUGUCUUGAUUGUAUGUACUGUCGCAUUCAUAGGAUCUGAGGUGCUGGGACACAAACAUUCUACCCAGGUAGGGGCUGGUCCAACAGGUCUGGCACUCGCCCUCACAUUGGCCAAGAACAACAUUCCCUUUCGCAUAAUUGAGAAAUCUCUGAGUUUCCACACUGCUCAGCGUGGAGCGGGCAUUCAGCCACGUACGCUGGAGAUCUUCAACUAUUUGGACGUACUCCCAGAUAUCCUGGCCAAAGGUCGUGAAAUGCCGCCCGCACGCUUUUACAAGCUGCCGGGCGGCGUCGUACCUGAGAAGACCUUUCACAUGAUGUUACCGGCUGACCCCACACCGUCCAUCCCAUACAACAAUGCUGUGAUGCUAGCACAAAGCAGCACCCAAGCGGUGCUGCGCGCGCAUCUAGAGAAACACGGAUGUUACGUCGAGGUCGGCACCGAAUUCUGCAGUCUAGAACAGCAUGACGACAAGGUGACGGCGAACCUUGCGAAACACAUUGCCGGUGAGACACUCAUGGAGUCGGUGGAUUGUCGCUGGCUUGUGGCAACGGAUGGCGGUAGAAGUGCCGUGCGCAAGCAGUUGGGCUUGACAUUUCGGGGUGAUGCCAUUGGGCAGCCCACGGUGAUUGGCGAAAUUGAAGUCAAAAGCGGCUUGGACCAGAUCGUGAGUGGCUCAUGA